AUGUUAAACAGAAUAAAUAAUCUCUUUCCAGAUUUAAAGCCGACAGAUCCCAUUCCAGAAGGAUUUUACAACAAACUCAUGACUAAUAUAGUAGAAAUAUUUGUAGCUACAGAUUGCAUCGAUCAAAUGUUACAACGUUUAGGAAAAAUAGAUCAAAAAAGAAUAACAUUAAUUGCUCAUAACGCUAGCGGUUUUGAUAACUGGAUCAUGAUCAAAAACGGUUGGUAUUAUUUAUAUCAUUACGAUAAAGAAAUGGUUGAAGAAGAAUGGUAUGAAAGUACUAGAAUGGUUCCGAAACACACCGAAAAAGAAAACGUAGAAAAAGUUUACUCACAUACUCACCCUUUUAUAAGAUAUUUUAUCAAACAAAGUAUUAAAGGAGGAAGAGUUUCGGCAAAUCGAAAAUCAUUUGAAACGAAUAAAAUGGAUGAAAUUUGUAAUAUAUUAAAGGAAUACAAUGCAAGUGACACUGAUAAUAUAAUUGAUUUAUUCAAAGAAUAUAGCGCUAGCACGAAAGAUAAAACAGAGGUUCAUUCGAGACUUAAAAAAAUAAAAUGUACUAAACUAAUGGCCUUUGAUGCUAACAGUUUGCACGCCAUGUCGGAUUUAGAUAGCGAAUAUCCGAGAGCAGAAAGUGGUAGACCAUUUCUACCGGAAGAAAAUAAAGAAUUGUUAAGCUCUUUAAUGAGCAGAAAUUCAGACCUAGAACUGCUAUUUUAA